AAAGAAAAAAUAUUGAAUUUCUUGCCACUAACUUUAAUAAACUAAACUAAAAUGCUAACAUAAACUUUCUUCUCGUAAUAAAAGAAAUAUAUAUAUAUAUAUAUAAGGGGUUUAAAGCGGUUAAAGAGGAAUCGCGAUUUCUCCUCCGUUCGAGCAAUUGAUUACAAAUUGAGAGGUCGAAUUGAUACAAAAAUGGUGAAUCAGCGAACAGACAAGUUGCUGAGAAGAACAACUAUGGUGGCCACUGUCACUGCUUCAUACUUUCUUUUAACCGCCGAUUAUGGUCCUCAGCCCAAUUUUCUCGAUCCUGUCAAAAAGAUUAUACUGUCAGCAGAAAGUUCGAUAAAGGGCUUCAUCUUUGGAUCAAAUAAUCAAUCUCAAGAAGGUCAAAGAGAGAAGCUCGGCUCAAAUGGCGUCAAGGACAAUGCAUGAUAAGUAGACUUCAAGGACUUGGUUACGAAUUUAUGUAUAUAUAUCUUGAAUCUGCAGUUUUUUGUUAUACAUUUCCUAAAGCUUAGGUUGAUAUCAAGCGUGGGUAAACCUUUUGGAGGAGUAAAAUAAUGCAGUUUGUUUAGACUUUAAGAUGUUUAAGGAAUUGGUUCUGACCAAACCCAUUUAGCAUAUUAACCUCAGAGAUUCAAAUUAGUUGAAGCAUAUUCCUGGAUCGGUGUAGGGUUCUCCACAUCAGUACCCUUCUAAAAAUAAGGUCGAAUCUAUCUGACAUUAGUAUGGGAUUCACUAUUUAGGAAGCAACUCUUUAUCGUGAGAACAAAGAGGAGGGUAUGGUAACUCCGUGAAAGUGGAAUGCUUGCUGAGAUGGAUUCUCUCUCCAUUUCUGUUGUCACUAAUUCUUGUUUGGAGUGAGAAUUCGAACAAUAGGAGGAAGUGUGAUAUUUAUUUAAUUGCCAACCUGAUAUGCUCAUCGACCAUAAUUUGUUUUAUAUGAUUUCUGGAAUGUUGAAAUUUUA